AUGGACAUAUUGGUAAACAAGCCCGUGGAAUUCCAUGAGCAAUCCACACUGGACAGCUUCCUGGGUUCGAGAUCCAAGAUCGCUUCUGACAACCACAACGUGUCACAAAUUAAACUCGACGUCGAAAAGGUGGGUCCUACUCCCGAAGUGGCGGAGGGCAUGCCGACACGAAGAAAGCACGCACCGAGCAGCGACGGCAUGGCUCCUAGGCAAGCUGACAAAGCAAGAGGCUCUAAGGCGCACAAUGAUACCGAAGAGGAAGUGAAGUCGGAGGUCAACAAAAUCCGUUGCUACAUGGACCUGCUUGAUGAGUAUAGUUUGCACCACUUUGUCAUUUGGAAGGGGAGAGUAAUCCGGGACACUCCUGAAUUUACAUCCCUGGCGCGGACACACCAAGCAAGCUGGAGUUCUAUCGACCGAUGCGUUUCCAUUCUCGAGGAGAUUAUGAAGGUGAACUCGGUCCCCCUUGCCGUCAUUGACGGCAAAAAGCUCGGCGAGCUUGCCCAACUCGACCUGGAAAGGGUGGAUGAAGCCGACCUGUGUUCUGUCAUCGCCAACUUGGAACAGGUCAAACCCCUUCUCCGCCACACGAGAAUCGUUCCCAAUGGACCGUCCGCUGCACAACUGGCGGCCAUAGCAAUCCAGGCUCGCGCUCGUGGAUUCCUACAGCGCUCUAAGUUUCUUGUGCUGCAAAACCGAUGGAAUGCCGCGGUCACUUUGCAGCGAUUAGCGCGAGGCAGAAGGGCCAGGCAUUUAUUGGGGGCGAGAUUGGUUGAGAGAAGAAGGAAGGCCGAGUCGAGGUGGCAGGAAUUGCAGGACGGGCUGAGGGGUAACUGGGAAAACGUGCGAAAGCAAGAGAGAGUUUUGGUCCUGCUCCUCGCCGCCACCGAUGAGAAGGAGCGUGGUCUCCAUGUAUCCUGCAUGCAUUGGUUGGUGGACCCCAAAGUUCACCUGGUGUGCGUCUCGGCCUCUAAACCGGACGACGACGUUCUGGAGUACCACCGCAAAAUCAUGGAAAUGAACGGAGUUCACGAUGCACGCAGGCGCAUUACGGUGGUGGUUCCGGAGAACGUCAACCUUUUCUACAGCCGCCUUUCUCUUGCCUCUCUACUCUUGUACUCUCCGGGAUGCCUCAAAAGAAUAGUUCACAUAGUCAAAGGUAAACCGGCGAUGAUUCUGUCGGGCGAAGCUGGCUGGCAAGAAAAGAAGCUGGCCGUCGCUUUGGGCACCCCCGUACUCUCAGCAGAUCCCGCGACAGCGCGCUUUUGCCAGACACAAUCGGGGAUGAAGCGCGUUUUUGCGGCGGCGGAUGUCAACGCUCCCAUCGGUGCGCAUGACGUGUACGACGAAGAAGACCUCAUGGUAGCUCUAACAAAGCUGAUUGCAUGCAACAUCGAGGUUCGACGGUGGCACAUCAAGCUGGAUACUUGCCAGGGUAACCGUGGCCUGGCCGUGCUGGACACGUCUUCUCUGCCGUGCAUGGCGAGUCUCAAGAGGGAGAAGGCGCAGCUUGAGCGCGCAAACGGUGGGCCGGCGGGAGUGUGGCACCACCCCGACGUGCAGCUUUUGGCACGGGCAAGGCUGCUGAAGACGUUGCGCCGCUGUCUCCAUCGUGUGCUGUUUAUCUGUAACAGCGAGUCAUAUCCUACCUGGGCGCUGUUCCUUCGACAUCUCGCGCGGGUGGGAGGAGUGAUUGAAGCGGAGCCUCUCGAACCGCGAAGCCAUCCGACCUGCAGUGUUUUCGUUUCUCCAGUCGGAGAAAUCAUUUGUCUAGCAGAAACUGACAGGCUGCUAGAUUCAUCUUUCCACAAUGUCGGCUGCGUAUACCCUCAGCGAUGCGUCUCGUCGCAUGCUCUUCGAGGAGCUUCCGUCGCAGUUUCCCGUGAACUUUGCGCACGCGGUGUGAUGGGAUACGCUUCGAUCCAUUUUGUCGUGUUCUGGGAUAAGAGUGUGGAGGCUCCGCGGUUGUGGGCAACCGGGCUUGAGCUCGGGUUGAGCGUUUCGGCAUUCAGUUUCUGUUUCUUUAGGUCGCUGACGAAGGGUCCGGGACGAAGUCGAGACUUCGGGUGCUACGAAGAACCCACCAAUGGGAGCGACACGGAGCAGGAAGAGUGA